AUGGCGGCAGGUGGGCCGACACCCGUCACGUUCAGCCGCACAGCACAGCACAGCCUGGCUCCACGGGCCGGAAACAAAUACUUCAGUCGCAGGAAAGUGACUCGUUCAUGUCUGACGUAUCAUAUCCUUCCGGAAAGUGAAAAGAAAAAACCGGAACAUGAACGAGUCACUUUCCUGCGACUGAAGUAUUUGUUUCCGGCCCGUGGAGCCAGGCUGUGCUGUGCUGUGCGGCUGAACGUGACGGGUGUCGGCCCACCUGCCGCCAUCAUGUCAGACACAGAUGGUGAUGGCGAUUCCGAUGGAGGAGACCCAUUUACUUUAACAGGCUUCCCGUUUGGCAACAUCAGUAGAUCAGGGCAGCUGGAGAGUGAAAGCCUCUUGGAUGAUGAGUGUCAGAAACAUGUGGCAGGCUUGGGGGCUUUGGGCCUGGGCAGCCACAUCACUGAACUCACGGUGAAUGAAGAAUUGGCUGAGACUGACGGUGCCUUGGUAAAUGAUGAAGGGUGUAAUAGGAGUAGAGAAGAUGCUGUGGACUAUUCAGACAUCAAUGAGGUGGCAGUAGAUGAAAGCCAAAGAUACCAGCAUACAACGAGGAGCUUGCAACGCCUUUGCCAAGCAGAUUAUGAAGAAGAUGACUAUGAUGCUGACUGUGAAGAUAUUGAUGGCAAGUUGAUGCGUCUGCCUCCUCCACCCCCAGGACCAGUGAUGACAGAGAAGGACCAAGAUGGUAGUACUGGUGUGUCUGAAGGUGGAGAAGACAUUAUCUUGCCCUCCAUCAUUGCCCCUUCCUCUUUGGCCUCAGAGAGUGUGCACUUCAGUAGUUCCUCUGACUCAGGAUAUGAGAUGGGAGCUCAGGAAACAACACAGGCAGAAUCUGAGGAUGGAAAGCUGACUCUACCUUUGGCUGAGAUUAUGCAGCAUGAUGCCACCAAGCUGUUGCCACGUGUCACAGAAAUUUUCCCCGAGUUUAAGCCUGGAAAGGUGUUACGCUUUUUACCGCUUUUUGGACCAGGGAAUAAUGUCCCAUCUGUUUGGAGGCAUGCACAGAGAAAGAGGAAAAGGAAGCACCGAGAACUUAUAAGACAGAAAGAGCAGAUCCAGGAGGAGUGCUCAGUAGAAUUAGAAGUCAACCAGAAACCUCUCUGGAAAUAGGACUACGCUCCACCCUCCCUUGCAGAGCAAUGUCUCUCUGAUGAUGAAAUCACAAUGAUGGCUCCUGUGAAGUCCAAGCUUUCACAGUCAACUGGAGACACUGAUAAAGUGAUGGAUACCAAACCAAGAGUGGCAGAAUGGCGUUAUGGACCUGCCCGGCUGUGGUACGAUAUGCUAGGUGUCCCUGAAGAUGGCAGUGGGUUUGACUAUGGCUUCAAAAUGAGGAAGAUUGAAUAUGAAGCUACAACAAAAGGCAACCAGAUGAAGAAAUUAAGGACACUUGAUGAAAGCGAUGGCAUUGAUCUCCUGGCAGAUGAAAACUUCCUAAUGGUGACACAACUGCAUUGGGAAGAUGAUAUCAUCUGGGAUGGGGAGGAUGUCAAACACAAAGGAACAAAACCUCAGCGUGCAAGUAUGGCAGGCUGGAUUCCUUCCAGAAAGACCAGGAAUAUGAUGGCUUACAAUGUUCAGCAAGGUUUUGCAGCCACAGUGGAUGAUGAUAAACCUUGGUACUCCAUUUUCCCCACUGAUAAUGAAGAUUUAGUAUAUGGACGUUGGGAGGACAAUAUCAUUUGGGAUGCUCAGGCCAUGCCAAGGAUUUUGGAGCCUCCUGUCUUGACACUUGAUCCCAAUGAUGAGAACUUGAUUUUGGAAAUCCCCGAUGAGAAGCAAGAUGCUACUUCUAAUUCCUGUUCCAAGGCAAGUAAGAAAGAAUCACCUCUGAAGAAGAGUCGAAGAAUCUUAGGAAAAUCAAAAGUCACUAAGGAAGAGCCACAGCAGAACAUGUCUCAGCCAGAAGUGAAAGAUCCAUGGAAUCUCUCCAAUGAUGAAUAUUACUAUCCCAAGCAACAAGGUCUUCAGGGCACUUUUGGAGGGAAUAUUAUCCAGCACUCAAUUCCAGCUCUAGAAUUACAGCAGCCCUUCUUUCCCACCCACAUGGGAGCCGUCAAACUCCGGCAGUUCCAUCGCCCACCUCUAAAAAAGUACUCCUUUGGGGCAUUAUCUCAGCCUGGUCCACACUCAGUCCAGUCUUUGCUGAAGCACAUCAAAAAGAAGGCAAAGAUGAGAGAAAAAGAGAGGCAAGCCUCAGGUGGUGGAGAGAUGUUUUUUAUGCGCACACCUCAGGACCUCACAGGCAAAGAUGGUGACCUUAUACUUGCAGAAUACAGUGAGGAAAAUGGACCAUUAAUGAUGCAAGUUGGCAUGGCAACCAAGAUAAAAAACUACUAUAAACGAAAACCUGGAAAAGAUCCUGGAGCCCCAUGUUGCAAAUAUGGAGAAACUGUUUAUUGCCACACAUCUCCUUUCCUGGGCUCCCUUCAUCCUGGCCACUUACUGCAGGCAUUUGAGAACAACCUUUUUCGUGCCCCAAUUUAUCUUCAUGAGAUGCCAGAGACUGACUUCCUGAUCAUUCAAACAAGGCAGGGCUAUUAUAUUCGAGAAGUAAUGGAUAUUUUUGUGGUGGGCCAGCAGUGUCCCUUGUUGGAAGUUCCUGGUCCUAACUCCAAACGGGCCAAUACACACAUGCGAGAGUUUCUGCAGGUUUUUAUUUACCGCCUCUUUUGGAAGAGUAAAGAUAGUCCACGGAGGAUCCGGAUGGAAGAUAUAAAGAAAGCCUUUCCUUCACAUCCAGAAAGCAGCAUCCGGAAGAGACUAAAGCUCUGUGCUGACUUCAAACGUACAGGGAUGAAUUCAAACUGGUGGGUGCUGAAGUCUGAUUUUCGUUUACCAAUGGAAGAGGAGAUCAGAGCUAUGGUAUCACCAGAACAGUGCUGUGCUUAUUAUAGCAUGAGAGCUGCAGAGCAGAGACUAAAGGAUGCUGGCUAUGGUGCGAAGUCCUUUUUUGUGCCUGAGCGAGAAAGUGAAGAUUUCCAGAUGAAGAUUGACGAUGAAGUUCGUACAGCUCCUUGGAAUACUACAGUGGCUUUCAUUGCUGCCAUGAAGGGCAAAUGUCUUCUGGAGGUGACUGGAGUAGCAGAUCCCACAGGCUGUGGUGAGGGGUUCUCCUAUGUGAAGAUUCCAAACAAACCAACACAGCAGAAGGGUGAUAAGGAGCUUCAGCCUGUGAAAAAGACAGUUACAGGAACAGAUGCAGACCUUCGUUGCCUGUCUCUGAAAAACGCCAAUCAACUUCUUCGUAAAUUUGGUGUGCCUGAGGAUCAGAUUAAAAAGUUGUCCCGCUGGGAAGUUAUUGAUGUAGUACGCACAAUGUCAACAGAACAGGCUCGCUCUGGAGAAAGCCCCAUGAGCAAAUUUGCCCGUGGAUCAAGGUUUUCUAUGGCCCAGCAGCAAGAACGUUACAAAGAGGAAUGUCAGCGCAUCUUUGACCUGCAGAACAAGGUUUUGUCAUCAACUGAAGUCUUAUCCACAGACACAGACAGCAGCUCAGCUGAAGACAGUGACUUUGAGGAAAUGGGAAGGAACAUAGAGAACAUGCUGCAGAACAAGAAAACAAGCUCUCAGAUAUCUCAGGAGCAGGAGGAGCAGGAACGGAAGGAACUCCAGCAGAUGCUACUGGCAGGUUCAACAGCAGCAAGAAAUAAUCACAGAGAUGAUGAUACAGCUUCUGUAGCUAACGUUAACCCUUCUGCCACUGGCCGCUGUCUCAAGAUUUAUCGAACAUUUCGAGAUGAAGAGGGGAAAGAGUAUGUUCGUUGUGAGACAGUCCGAAAACCAGCUGUUAUUGAUACUUAUAUGCACAUACGGAACACAAAAGAUGAAGAAUUCGUUCAGAAAUUUGCCCUUUUUGAUGAGCAACAUCGAGAAGAGAUGCGAAAAGAACGUCGCAGAAUUCAAGAGCAAUUGAGAAGAAUUAAACGAAACCAGGAAAAGGAGAAGCUGAAGGGUCCUCCUUUGAAAAAGCCCCCAAAAAUGAAGGAACGUCCUGACUUAAAAGGGGCUUUGGUAGAUUUGGCUUUGGUAAAUUUGGACCAUCUAGGGAUGCCUUGGUGA